UUGUUGCAAAUACAGCAAUUUUGACUAUCGACAUCAGAAUUGAUCAAAUCAUAAAUAUGCUGAUGCAAUCAUAAGUAAGCUGACACCGGAAUAAGAACAAAGCUGACCGCCGGGUCGCUCGUUCGUUUUCUUAAUGAGAAGAAACAGAUAAGUCAAACCAUGCAUAUUUAAUUCUAGUGGAAAAAUGUGGGUCUAGGUUUUAAAUUUCUUUGAAAUAUAUCUUAAAAAGUUAAAUCUAAUCAAUCCUAAAGUAUAAGUUGCCAAGAAAGAAUCGAAAUUGUUAUUCUAGAUUGGAAUAUGUGGUGAUAAAGAUUCAUAAACUGCUACUUAAUCACCGAAACCGAACUCUAAUAAUUAGUCAGGACUGUUCUUCUCUAGCUUUGCAAUGGAAACCUUGUAUUCUCUCUUUAUUUUCUUGUUCUUCAUAUUCUUACUAUACAAAAUCCUUUUUCAUCACACCAAAAAUCUACCACCAGCUCCGUUUGCUCUGCCAAUUAUUGGCCAUUUGCACAAACUCAACAAACCACUUCCUUUAGCAUUACAGACCCUCUUAUCACAGUAUGGUCCCAUUGUAUCACUCAAAUUUGGCUGUCGUUCCGUUCUUGUAGUAUCUUCACCAUCUCUGAUUGAAGAGUGCUUCACCAAAAACGACAUCAUUUUUGCAAACAGACCAAAAUCAAUGGCAGGGGAUCACUUCACCUAUAACUACAGCUCCUACGUGUGGGCAUCUUACGGCGAUCUUUGGCGAAUCCUACGUCGUUUCACCGUUGUUGAACUGUUUUCUUCAAACAGCCUCCGGAAAACUUCGGCUAUCCGUGAGCAGGAAAUUUGCAGAUUAUUACACCGACUAUAUAAAGUCUCAGCUUGUGGCAAGCAAAAGGUAGAUAUGAAGAUUCUGAUUUCUCUUCUGAUGUGUAAUGUCAUGAUGAGAACUACAGUUGGCAAGCCGUGUGUGGACGUGGAGGAUGAAGAUACCGACGCUGAGAAGCAGUUGUUUAGUGGAUUCAAGGACAGGUUCUUUCCAAAUCUUACCAUGAAUAUAUGUGAUUUUGUGCCUUUCUUGAGGACGAUUGGUUUUAAAGGGAUAGAGAAGAGCAUGACUAAGAUACAGAACACUAGAGAUGAGUUUUUGCAGAAGUUGUUAGAUGAAAUUCGAGUGAAGGGAAUAAAUAGGGACGAGAAGAGAUCAGUUGUUGAAAGUCUUUUAUAUCUUCAAGAAUUAGAACCCGGAGUUUACACUGAUGAAGUUAUCAAAAGUAUUAUGCUGGUGAUGUUUAUUGCAGGAGUAGAAACUUCAGCAGUUGCUUUAGAAUGGGCGAUGUCACUCCUCCUGAACCAUCCAGAAAUACUGCAAAAAGCAAAGGCAGAGAUCGACAAUUACCUCGGACACGAAAGAUUGCUGAAUGAUUCAGAUCUUAUCAACCUUCCCUAUCUUAGAUGUGUUGUGAACGAAACACUGAGAUUAUAUCCUCCAGGACCUCUUAUUUUACCUCAUUUAUCAUCUGAAGCGUGCAUUGUGGGAGGAUUUGAGAUACCAAAAGAUACAAUGCUACUGGUGAAUGUUUGGGCUAUGCAUAGGGAUCCCAAUGUUUGGGAAGAGCCGUCUGAGUUCAGGCCUGAAAGAUUUGAAGAGGAACAACAUGAGCUCAAGUUUCUUCCGUUUGGAAUGGGACGGAGGGCUUGUCCGGGUGCUGGCAUGGGCACACGCAUGAUUUUGUUGGCAUUAGGAUCACUUAUUCAAUGUUUUGAUUGGGAACAUGAUGGAUUAGACAUGAGCCAACGUUUCGGACUCUCUCUAUCCAAGGCUAAGCCUUUGGCUGCUAUUUGCUCUCCACGCCAAGAGUUGGUUAAUCUCCUCUCUCAACUUUAGACCUUGUGGAUUUAGAGGUUCGGUUUCUAUGUAUAUCCUGAGAUUAUGGUAUUUAGUCUCUGUUGUGAAAAAUUUAUGCAAAGUUGCAAACUGGAAGAUGAUUCAAUGCCUUUAGAAAAGUUGUGUUUCAUCCUUGUCGUCCUUUAAUUAAUGCUCUUUUGGUUGACUGUAUGGUGUAAUCGUUGAAAACAAAGGGAUUUUGUUCUACUUCUCAUUUUGUAAGAAAAUUUUUUGCAAUAGGAUAGCACACAUAUUAACAAAAA